GAUCGUCGUCGCGAGUUAGAGCUGCAGAGGUGGUGUUCCGUGGGAUCAUCUCGUAUCUUCGUUCGUUCAUCGUCGUCGUCGUCGCCGCCGUUCGUCCGGUCUCUUCUUUCGAUUUCGAUUCGUCGCUGAGCUGUAGGGUUAUUUUUUUGUGUAAAUUUUUGUUUUAUUGUUACUAUUGCUACCGUGACACGUCGGGCUUUUUUCAGCUGAACAUUUUUGCAUCCAGCUUAGGGCUUUUAUCUGUUCGCUGAAUCUGCUUCUGGUUGAUGUGAUCCUGUUCUAAAUCUGUGAUACGAAAAAUUACGGAAUAAUUCUGUGAAGUUUUUGUGUGUGUGCUCGCGCGUGUUUGCAUUUGUGAUUUAGUGGCUCCUGUUGCUUAUCACUCUGAACAAGAAACCGACGAUCGAACCGAUUGCCCCAGAACCAAAACCGGGGAUAAAAUAUCUCAUCACACUUGCUCAUACCACUUCUACCGUUCAAGAUUAGCACCCUACUGCAGCAGUACCGCGCCAUGGCCGAGAAUAAAGGAAUGUUACUGGCCAAAUCGGUCCAAAAGCACGCCGGAAGGGCUAAGGAAAAGCUGUUACAAAAUCUCGGCAAGGUAGAUCGAACCGCGGACGAAAUCUUCGACGAACAUCUCACCAACUUCAACCGACAGCAUAACUGUGCCACCAGACUACAGAAAGAGUUCAACAACUACAUCAGAUGCAUUCGAGCUGCCCAGACCGCCUCCAAAAGCCUGAUGGAAGCGAUCAACGAAGUGUACGAGGGUCAGUGGAUCGGUUCGGAAGCCCUGUACGCCCAGACCAGUGCCGUCGAGGUACUGUUCCAGGACUUUUCGCACAAACUCGGCGAUCAGGUGCUGAUCCCGCUCAACACCUACACCUCACAGUUCCCAGAGAUGAAGAAAAAGAUCGAUAAACGAGGCCGUAAGCUGGUGGAUUACGACGGAUGCAGACACUCCUUCCAGAACCUGCAAGCCAACGCUGCCAAACGCCGAGAUGACGUAAAGGUCACGAAGGGUCGCGAACAGCUCGACGAAGCUAAGCGCACCUACGAACAGCUCAACACCGAACUGCACGACGAACUGCCGGCUCUGCACGACUCGAGAAUACUGUUCCUGGUGACGAACCUGCAGACCCUGUUCGCCUCCGAGCAGCAGUUCCACGGUGAGAUCUCCAAGGUGUACGCCGAGCUCGAAGCGAUCGUCGACAAGCUGGCCACCGACUCGCAGCGAGGCUCCUACACGCUCAAGAAGAUCACCGCUAACUCAGCUCCGUCCAGUCAACCACAGUCCCCAGUAAAAGCCAACUUGUCGAUUGUAAAUAACGUUACCACAAACGGAUCCGCCAAUGCCAAUGGACCUUCAUCCACCCUGUCAUCAAGCUCACCUAGCGCAGAGCGACUGGAAGAUACGGAACCCUCGUACCAGAAUACGGAAGUCGUGAAAUCCGCCGCUUUGCGAUCAUCCAUUCCUGACGCAACUACUAAUAAUAACAACAACAACAACAUCAACAACACAACUACCACCAUCAACAACAACAACAACAACAACAACAACAACAACAACAAUACCGAUGUCACACCUGCGCCUCCAAAAUCCCCGGUUCCAGUGAGCGGCACCGCGGACGAGAAAGUAACCACAAAUGGUACGGACCAUGCGCAUGAUCAUGAAAAUUCCAACAGCCAUACUACGCCAAAUAACAGUGCUGAGCCAGAAGAUGAUGCGCCGGCUAAACUGGCAACACCGCCGCCUUCUCUGCCACCAACUGAUAAUGUGCCUACUUUGCCAGCCUCACUCUCAUCCACAACAACGCCUACUACUGCUGGCGCUGCCGUCUCACAAUCAAGUAAUACUAAUGUAAAUAUGCUAAAUCCUAACCUCGGCCAUUACCCCAUUACUAACAAGAUUCCAAUCCAUCAUCGCCAUCAGCUCCAAAGUCAUCAACAGUUCAGUCUCCAUUAUCAGCAACCUCCCCAUCAUCUUCAUCAUCAUCCCCCGAAUCAAAAGUCCCUCGGGACUGUUCCAUCACCAAUACCUCCAUACCCCUCGGCUGAGUCUUCUUCAUCCCGGGAUGUCCAGCAAGAGUACCGCCUCAGCAGCAGCAAUGGUACUAACAUAACCUCACCGACAUUCACUAACGAACAACAACCGCAACAACAGUCGCAGCAUCUCUAUGGCAACGUAGUUGUUGUUGCUAACAGUCAGUUGAACAAUCUUAACAACAACGUUAAUAACAUUAACAACAGUCAUUGCUCUACUAGCACAACCAAUAAAAGUACUAGCACCACCCACCCGAUCAAUAACAAUAGCAAUCUGGAAGAGCUCUAUGACAUCCCCGUGGGUAAGUGCUGGCAACACUGUUUGGAGACCUUCUUUUCUCGUUUCAAUUUCCGUUCGUUGAUUGAGUGCAAUUUAGAUGGCUAAUAUCGUUUGUUUUUC